AUGGAUAGUGCAUCAAGACCUAUUGACAGUAUUGCAGAUAAUCGCUAUUUUUGCCACAGCUGUGAUGCCGAAAUAGGGAGCGUAGCCGAUGAUUUUACAUGCCCGACUUGUCAUUUGGGUUUUAUUGAAAAAGUUGAAGAGCAACAAACUCCCGAGGAACCAGAUGACGAAGAUAUGGAAUUUGCAAAUGCACACUUUAUGGUUAAUGGUAUAUUAGGAGAUGAUAUUGCAGGAAGACGGAGGUCAAAUAUUCGUCGUCGUAGAUUUACAACAAGAGGUCCUCAUGUAAUGACAUUGCAACCUGGAAGAGGCCCAAGGCGUAGUUCAGGUGGGACAAUUGAAAAUUUAGUAGAAGAUGUCAUAGUAAAUUUUGCUGAUUAUGCUCGAUCGGGUGGAAGUCCAGUCAGUAGAUUUUUACUCGGUAAUCCUGGUGACUAUGUUUGGGGAAGAGAUGGAUUAGAUUCAAUUGUGUCACAGUUAUUAAAUCAGAUUGAUGGAGCUGGACCUCCACCAUUAACAAAAGAGAAAAUACAAGAAAUACCUACAGCACUUAUUUGUCAAGAACAUUUGGAUAUGAAACUCCAAUGCUCUGUUUGUUGGGAAGAUUUUGCAAUUGAUGAAAAAGUCAUGAAACUAGCUUGCGACCAUAUGUUUCAUAGAGAUUGUAUUAUACCUUGGUUAGAAUUGCAUGGUACGUGUCCAAUUUGUCGUAAAUACUUAGCAGAUGAUGGGUUAAGUUCAAUUAAUUCAGAUCCACUAGGAAUCAGUCUAGGUGUUGGACCAAAUUUAGCAGCACUCAUUAGAGCUCGUAGUAACAACCCGCGUAAUACUGCUGAUCCAGUAUGGGGAAUGAAUGAUUAUGAUAUGGCAUCUACAUCAACUGACUGGCCUACACAACUUGGUAUUAGUUUGCCACUACCCAUUGUGUCAUCGUCAUCAGCUACACAGACUCCAGCUGCAGCAUCAGGUAUGUCCACUUAUUCAUCCGUCACAGCCAGAAACUUACGCGACCAACGGUUGUCAUCUUCAUCUGCUGAUGUUGAACCCAUGGAAACUGAUCAUGAUCAAAAUUUACCUGCGGUGAAUAAUACAAAUAAUUCCUAG